CCACGUCUCCUGCAUAUCAACUUAAGCAGUGUUUAAGGGCACGCAUUAGGUAGGCCUACUCCAUUUUAAAGAAAAAGAUGGUGGUUUUCCAGAGUUGUUUAUUUGCAUUUAUUCUCUACCUCAGAGCAUAUUCUGCAAGUGAUAAUGAAUGGAAUGCCAACAUACCAAAGUCAGUAGUGGGUCUGUCUGGCUCAUGUGUGGUGAUCCCCUGUACGUACAACUAUCCAUCACAUGGAAAGACAUACACAGGAUUUACAGGAAUCUGGUACAAAGGUGACUCUGAUAUAAUCUACCAUGAAGACACUUCCAAAAUCAACAGCAAAUUCAAGGAUCGCACCAGCCUUGAUUACUUGCAACAGAAAAACUGCACUUUGAAAAUUAGCUCUUUACAACAUGACGACCCUGGACAAUACAUGUUCCGGAUUGAGAUUAAAGAUCUGAACAUGUUCUCAUACCAAGAAAACAAAGUUUCUAUAACUGUAAAAGAUUCACCCGAGCUACCCAUCAUCUCUGUGGAUGAGGAAGUGACAUCACAGAAAGAAGUGACCGCUAUCUGUGUUGUGUCACAUUCCUGUCCAUCGGAGCCGCCGCGUCUCACCUGGAGCCACAAAGGCACAACCACAAGUUACUCACAACCACUAGAGGAUGGCCAAUGGAAGUUAACAUCAUCUCUGACUUUCACACCAUCCAGAGAAGACCAUAAUAAACCUCUCAGCUGCUCCGCAGAGUUCACUCCAGCAAAGACAGCGUCCAACAACAAAAAGCUCAAAGUGAAAUAUCCUCCAUUUAAUGUGCAUGUACAGAGUACACCGGUGAAGGAGAAUGAGUCUAUUCAACUGAACUGCUCCAGUGACAGUAAUCCUCCUCCUGACAGCUUCCAGUGGUUCAGCUUAAAUGGAUCUCCGUUGGCAAAUGGACGCACCUAUAGACUUAAUCAUGUGACCCGUUAUACUGAAGCCAUUUCCUGCACCGCCACUAACACAGAGGGAAAAACCAGUUCUGGUCCUCAGAGGAUUAAUGUGUUGUAUCCUCCAUAUAACGUGCAUGUCCAGAGUAAAUCACAAGUGAAGGAGAAUGAAUCUGUUGACCUGACCUGCUCCAGUGACAGUAAUCCUCCUCCUGACAGCUUCCAGUGGUUCGGCUCAACUGGAUCUCUGCUGGAAAAUAGAUCCACAUAUAGAUUGAAUCAUGUGACCCGUUAUACUGAAGCCAUUUCCUGCACCGCCACUAACACAGAGGGAAAAACCAGUUCCGGUCCUCAGAGGAUUAAAGUGUUGUAUCCUCCUGAGAUUAAAAACGGGUCUUCCUGUGAAUCAGAGACUUUUAUCGUCUGUGUGUGUAUUGUGGACUCAAACCCUCCCAGUGAAGUCAAGUGGCUCGGUCCCUCGAGUGCUUUCCCCAGCUCCAGUGUUGAACAAAAUGGGUCUCUUACCAUAUUCACCCUACAGGGAUGGCUGGGUUUCCCAGACACCGUCCAUUGCUCUGCCAGUAACAGUGAAGGAAACUCUGUCAUGACUUUGUCAGUGCCGCAUCAUGGUUUAAUAAUAUAUCUUGUUGUUGCUACCGUUGCUGUUGUAGUUAUUUUAGUGGUCAUUUCAGCGUGUGCAGCCAAGAGACGCUGUGGACGAAGACCUGCACAAAGUGUACUGGAUGUGAAGAAUGACCACAAUGAACUGAAGACUACCCCAAAGUCAGACAUAUCCAGUCAAGAACGACAAAAGAAUGACAUAUACAUAAAGCAUGAAGUAAUAGACCAACCUGUUUAUAAAAAUUUUGAGUGUGAUGAUGGAUACCCGUCAUGUGAGCAAGAUGAAGAUGAAGCGGUCUACGCUAACAGCUAAAAAAAUACAAGCAUUAUGUCCUUUAUAAAGAUCAUGCAUCCAAAUGACUGUUUUGAUGGCAUUAUGUUUUCAUUGCAGUGGUCUAUGGACAAAUCUAGCAGAAAAAAUAAUAAUUAUAAUGCUUGAUAAGUAAUAUUGCAAUAUAUUCAUAUUUUAUUUUAUAGGUUACCUUGUGUGUAUAAAAAACAAAUAGCUAAGCAAUAUAUAAUGCAAUGUAAAUCUUUGACAAUGCAAUCUCUGUGCAAUUUAUUUCUACGCAUAAAUGCCACUUUGCACGUGUAUGUUUUUGAGCUGAGUUUAACAGAUUUGUUGACAUGCACACAUGGUAUCAAGUUCCUUAAUUUUAUAUUCACAUUUUAAUACUGAGAAUCAGUGACAGCUUACAGUUCUAUUUUGAGAGAAAAGUUCCAUUUCCUCUUCUUGUAGCUGUUUUCAUUUAACAGCACAUGCAAUGCACAUCAACUAUCAAGAUCCUAUUGAGAUGUCCUUGUUAUAAUGUGCUAUUAUCUUCUUUCCCUAUUCUGUUUUGAUUGAGAUCCGAUACACACUUACUUUCAUUUCUCCAGAAGUGAAAGUUAAAAGAAUAAUCUAUGAACAGACAUUCACUUUGGUGAGGAUAUACUUUCUAUUAGGUUUCUAUUAGAUUAAAGGAACAAUACGGGGUUUUUAGGAGGAUCUAUUGACAGAAAUGCAAUGUAAUAUACAAAACUACUUCUUCAGAGGUGUAUAAAGACCUUACGUAAUGAACCUUUAUGUUUCUAAUACCUUAGAAUAGGAUGUUUAUAUCUUUAUUUCAUGUAAUAAAUAAGACAUCACUCUUUCUAGUCUUUCUAAUGCCUGCAUGAUCUCUUCCCUGCGUCAACAUGAGAACGACAUCUUUUUGUACUGCGGUGGCCACCAUCGUGUUUGGACUGAGCGA